UCCUUUUUGGAUAUAUCUGCUAUGAAUGGACUCAAAACUUUACUGAAAGAGUUGAUUCGAGUUGAAGUUGAGAUCUACAUUGUGGCCUGUGAUUCUUACAUCCUGGAAAAACUUCACAAUUGUUGCUUCUUUGACGAUGAAAUUCAACCGUCCAUGUUCUUCUUAACUCUACAUGACGCCAUGCUGCACAUCCUAGAAAAACACCCAGAGUCUACAGAAAAGAAAUCAGACUAUGAAAAGAUAUUAACAGCAGUCACUGUUCUUCACCCCGGUAGCUUAAGGAGCAGAGAUAAAAAUGCACCAGGACUGGAGACCAAGUUUUAAUGUGGACAGAAAAAAGACAACGUGUGGAGGAAAACUGUAACAUACAGAAUAUAUGAUGUUUUUAAAGCUACUCAGAAGAAACCGUUAACUUACAAUCAUAAAAAAGAUCUUUCCUUCUAUUUUUUUAUGUAUCAGGUAAAAAAUGUUAGAUAAAUGCAUCCUCAGAAGAACAACACCUAAUGUAUGGCAACAUUGUUGGUAUUUAUUUUACAAAAAGUUAAAGUUUAAGCAUUCUUUGCAGAUUC